GCCGCAGGAGGCAAAGCCCUGUCCCCGUCCCUCCGGACUUGGGAGGCUGGCCGUGACCUCCGGGGGACGCCUGAGAGCCAAAGGCAGCCUUUGCAAGGCGGAGAGGGCGGGGGGGUCUUGGUUGGGGGGGAAGAGCCCCCAGCCCUCGGGGGGAAGCCCCUCCCGCCGCCGGGAGGGGUGCAUCGGAUGCCGCAGGGGGGGAGCGGGGCGCCUGGCCUCCUGCCAUCCCUGGGCCGAAGGAGGGCUGGGAGGAUAACAGACUCUCUCUCUCUCUGCCUGUCUGCUUCCUCCCUCCCUCCCUGCGGAGCAGAGCCCCCCUUCCCCCGCGGGGACUCUAUAGAGGGAGCAAGAGGGGCCUCCCCGCCAGAGCCCCGGCCGCCGCGCCAACCAUGGACGCUGCCCGAGCCCUGCGAGUCCUGCUCCUUCUGGCCCUCCUCGGCCUCGGCAGCCUCCCCGUCACCGAGGAGAAGCCCAUCAGUUUGACUUACCGCUGUCCCUGCAGAUAUGUUGAGAACAGUGUGGCUAAAUCUCACAUUAAGCACCUGAAGAUCCUGACUGUCCCUGGCUGUUCACUCCAGAUUAUUGCAAGAUUGAAAAAUAGCAGUAAACAGAUCUGCAUUGAUCCCAAGCUAAAGUGGAUUCAGGAGUAUCUGGAGAAAUAUCUACACAAGUAAGCCAAGGGGGAAAAAAUAAAGGACUAACAGCUAAAGCACACUGGAUGAUCCCCCCCCCCCCCCCAAGAGAAAACAGACCUUGUUCUCACUUCAGGUCUUUGGGAUUUUUCUUCCUGUUUUUCUAACAGGAAAGAUUGGGCCUUUCUGUCAGAAACCAUCAUUUUCAAUAUUUAGGGUCAGGGAGAUAAAGACCAGCUGAACCCUGGUAACAUGAGCCUAUUUGGGUACUCUGUGAGCAGUUUUCAUAAAAGAACAUAAAUGAUGGAACUCUAUCCUUCAAGCAUUAUUCAGACAGAAAUAUUCAGUAUUCAAAUAGUGAAAGCAUCCUGCACAUUAGGCAAACACUGACAUGAAGCUGAGCUCUGGGCCAAAAGCUGUACAGAGAUGCCUGUCAUGGUAUUAAUGUCUGCAGAGGCAGCACUAGACUCUGAAAUAGAUCAUAGUCACUGUAGAUAAACUCUAUAGAUCAUAGUUGUCACUGUAGAUAAAUGCACUAUAGAUAAAUAAAGGAAUUUAAGUUUCUGGAAAGGGGUUUCUUUAAUGUUUAGCAAUAUCUAGUGUGAAAAGUUUGGAACAGAAAUUUCAGGUUAGGAUACCCAGAAUCCUCUCCAGUUUUCACCUUUGUUAUAAGGCUACAUUAUUUCAAUCAUAUUCAUGAAUCUGUAGGACUCAGCUUGACAUUUAUUUCCACUUUUGCUGUAUUUGUUUCCUCUCUCCCUUGGAUUAAAUCUGGACAGUGCAGAGAAAUGGAGUUUGGAAACUGAGGGGCGAAGCAGAUAGGCAGGAAGAAAUGGCCAGAAGCCGCUGCUAGUCCUAUUGUCCCAGAGCUGCAGUGAGCACAUGCCAUGAUCCUGAGGGUGCCUCCUCCCAUGGCCCCAAAGAGGAAUGGAAAAGAUGUGCUCCUUUUGGGACCAGUUAGGCGGCCCCAGUGUGGCCCUGAGGUGGCUUCAGGGCACACAGAAAGGAUUCUGUGUUGUGUAAAUGCCAUGUCCCUGGAGUGGCCGGAAGUGGCCCUCCCAUUUGCUCAUCUGUUUCGGGCCUGAGUCCCUAUGGAGGGAUGGAGGCAGGGAAGGGGCUCUUAGGAUAAGUUGAUGCACUGCCAGUGUAGCUUUUUAUCUACAGAUCAGGAAUAUACUUACUGGGGGAUGUUUUUACAUUUACUAGAAUUUGGAAAAGAGAUUGCUACUCUAAGGCCCCAUUCCCACUAGGCAAAAAAAGCGGCCAAUAUUGCUGCGAUUCUGAUUCUGAUUUUCCCCCCGAGUCAUAUUUGAAUCUGCUCCCUCAUUCCCAUUAUGAAAGGCGACAAACGGACUCGGGGUUUUUUGACCCAUGUUCUCGUUCCCAUUGAAAUUAUCUCAGUUGUAAUUUGAAGUGGACUUUUUUGCUCCCUGUUCCUAUUGCCCUUCCAGAACCUCUUUUUUAAAAAGCAGCUGUCAAUCAAGUGCCUAAGCUUGAUGUCUUCCCAGAGUGCCUCUGGGAAAGGGGAAAGGGAGCCUCCAUCCCCCCAAGUCCCUUUGCCUCCCCCAUUGCUCCCUGGGCUGUUUGGGGGGCGAUCGAGCAAGCAUGUAAAAAAAAGAAAAAUAAUAGUUAAAAAUGGUGUUCAAUGGGUCUCCUCACAUGUUGAUCUAUGCAUAUGGAGCAGGGGGGCAUAAUGUGUUUACCGUAUUUGGAGGUCAAUAUAGCAAUUUGCUAUAUUUGACACCUGACAGAGUGCCUAAGCAAUCAAAAGCUUGAAUUUUUUAAAAAAUAAAUUUGUCUACACAUGUGAUCGCCUUACCCUGCUUCCCAUUCCACCGGGGGAAAGGCUAUGCGAACGGGAGAAAAUGGCACCAGUAAUGCAGGAAAUAGAACAAGCAGGUGACAACCCCAGGCCAGCCCCUUGAGCACUGCUCCCUCCCAUCCCCAAGUUCCCGAAUCAGAUGCUGCAGCCAUCAAUUAAAAGCAUCAUGGCUUCAGUGCUUAGAAACCUCAUAAAAAAUUUCUAGAGCCUGUUCUGUAUUCUUUUCAAGCUGUUCCAGGACCAAACAUGAAAACACUUCCUGACCUUUUUGGGAUUCUGUUGGCUAUCCCUCUGAUCACUCAGCUUGUAAUUUAAUAGAACUCUUGCAGAUUUACAUGGUGGGGGAAAUUGUCCCAAAUGUGUCAAACCUAAUAUGCCUACUCCAGUUACAGUUGGCACAAGUCUCAGCAACAAUGCCCCUAAAAUAAAUUUUCCUGUAAGAAUGUUUCCUAUUGGAAACCCUGAAUAUAGUCCACUAAUAAUCUCUGCAGAAAGUCAGUUUCUAAAGGACUUGCACAACAUAUGUCCCUGUUAUGUCUAUCUGAACCCUGUUUCAAGCAUACCUAAGGGCUGUUUUUCCUAUCUGCAUAGUGCUGAAUUUCUAUCCAGUUCCAAAGAAUUUUCUUUGACAGUGCAUUUUCUAUAUGUUAGUUAAGUGUAUUUCUAAAUUACUGUCCUGUGCCUAUUGAUAGCUUACUGGCUGCUUUCCCUAUAAAUGAUUGUAUUUACAGUUUUAAUAAUGUAGCCUUCAAUAUCGUCAGUCUUUCACUUGUAUUAAGAUUGUAUUACAUUAUAUUAUAUUAUACACAUAUUAUACAGAGAGAGAGAGAGAGAUCACAUGCUAGCAAUAAUGCUGUCUUUUUAAUAUGAUAAAUUCUGAACUGUAUAUGCAAAUUUAUUUUUAUGAAAUAAAAUUAAUGCUUUUUUUAGA